CCGAAUCGGGCGGUUCCGGCGGCGCCCGCGCUGAGCCGCGGGGGAGGGGAAAGGGACGCUCGUGCAGCCGGGGCGUCUGCCCUCAGUGAGGCGGGGCGCGCAGCGGACGCCCCGGGUAGGGGCGGGAGUGGUGGCGCCGCUGGUGGCUGACACUGAACGGGGUGGUGAGCCAGCCGCUCCGGUCUCGCGGCGAGGCUCGGCCUCUUGCGCCAGGACGGGGGGAAACGGCCGAGGCGGCAGCGGCCCUUGGGCCGGCUGGUGAAGUGAUGGCGGCGCCGGGCCCGGGGGCUGGGGCAGCCUCGGGCGGCGCUGGUUGUAGCGGCGGCGGCGGUGGCGCGGGCGCCGGCGCGGGUGCGGGCUCUGGGUCCGCGGGGGUCGGGGGCCGGCUGCCCAGCCGGGUGCUGGAGCUGGUGUUCUCCUACCUGGAGCUGUCCGAGCUUCGGAGCUGCGCCCUGGUGUGCAAGCACUGGUACCGCUGUCUACACGGCGACGAGAAUAGCGAGGUGUGGCGGAGCCUGUGCGCCCGCAGCCUGGCAGAAGAGGCUCUGCGCACGGACAUCCUUUGCAACCUGCCCAGCUACAAGGCCAAGGUACGUGCUUUCCAACAUGCCUUCAGCACUAAUGACUGCUCCAGGAAUGUCUAUAUCAAGAAAAAUGGCUUUACUUUACACCGAAACCCCAUUGCUCAGAGCACUGAUGGUGCAAGGACCAAGAUUGGUUUUAGUGAGGGCCGCCAUGCAUGGGAAGUAUGGUGGGAGGGCCCUCUAGGCACUGUGGCAGUAAUUGGAAUUGCUACAAAACGGGCCCCCAUGCAGUGCCAAGGUUAUGUGGCAUUGCUGGGCAGUGAUGACCAGAGCUGGGGCUGGAAUCUGGUGGACAAUAAUCUACUGCAUAAUGGAGAAGUCAAUGGCAGUUUUCCACAGUGUAAUAAUGCACCAAAAUACCAGAUAGGAGAAAGAAUUCGAGUCAUCUUGGACAUGGAAGAUAAGACUUUAGCAUUUGAACGUGGAUAUGAGUUCCUGGGGGUGGCCUUCAGAGGACUUCCAAAAGCCUGCUUAUAUCCAGCAGUCUCUGCUGUAUACGGCAACACAGAAGUGACUUUGGUUUACCUUGGAAAACCUUUGGAUGGAUGACAGUGGCUUUUUAGCGUUGAAGGACAGAGUAGAGGAGACCUACUUGUGGAAAGUAGAAUCAUGAAGUGACAGUCAUGUGUGCAUGUCCAAGAAACAUCCUGAAAACACAUGAAGUUGUAAACUGGAGAAGCAACUCUACAUCAGAGAUUAUCUUAGUGUUUCCUCUUUCCACUGGGCCAGAAUAAUCCUCAGGGUUGCAGUUGGUUGAGUGGGCAGUUGACAUAUGCAUGUUACAACAGAUUUAUCUCUUAAGUUAUCAAUGUGUUUUUUCCAGCGUUAAAGGUGAGAUGUUAGAGGUGCUGUAAAGGGAUAAGAUAAAGAAAUAGCAAGAUUUUUAAGUAGUUUGUUUGUAAAGGAAGAUUGAUUCCAUCUUACAACUGCCUGUUCUUUCUCCAGUCCUUUUUGGUUUUGGUUUUGGGUUUUUUUGGGGUUUUUUUUUUUGCCAGCCAGCUUGACUAUUAGAUAAGUAUGAAACUGGUUGGGGUUUAUUUAAUAUUUUUAAUAUAUUGAGAAGCAUGGUCUGCCUGGACUGCACUUCUCUAGCAAUGAGAAAUAAAAUUGUGCAGCUAUUUUAAAAGUUGUAUAUACAAUAUGUGUGUAAAAAAAAACUAUAAAAAAAAGGACAAAGGGGUUGCUUUGUUCUAGUUAAAUUUCUUAAACAAAAAACCAAAAACCACUACAUGGUACAAAAUUAGGAUAACAUUCGGGGACAAUUGGGUAACCACAAAAGAAGAGGGCUUUAAGAGGACAUAUGUUGUGUUGCCUCAUUUUGUAUUAUUUUUGGUUUACAGUACCUAUAGCUAUUACAGUUGUCUUUUUUUUAAACCAUCAUGAUAAUGGUAAAGAUUUCUCACCUCCUGACUUAAGAUUGAGUAAAGGUAAUUCUUCUAAUUAUACCUAUAUUGGUAAGAAUGAUUUUAAAACAUAAUAGUAAUGCACAUCUUUUGGUACCUGGCUUCAUUUUCUUGGCCUUCUGAGAAAGUGUCUCAUUUUAUAGGACAAUGCCAUGUGCUCUUAUAGUCCUCAAAUAUGAGAGCUGUUCACCAUAAACCAUAGGAAAGGAAAUGGUUAAUGGUUCUUUUAUUUUCUAACCUUAUAAUGGUGUAGAUGUUGUCAGAUAAUCUUAAUUUAAUAUUGUUUACAUCAUGCAACAGUCUAAGCCUCAAACCCUGCAUUGGGGCUAUCAAGAAAAUGUUUACUCACCCAUCCGAAAUAUAGCGCCAACCUGAGCUCAGGUUAAGAAUAUUCUUAAUCUCAUUAUAGGUAAAUGCUCCCGUGGGACUUGAAAUACAACACAUUGUGCUGAAAAUUUAGUGUUGGCAAUAUUUUGAAAGUUAUACUGGAGAAGAGUUUAACAUUUCCUACUUUGAUAAAUCUUAUGUCUUCACUAACUCUUGAGUUAAUCCAACAAGCUGAGAUUUUUCUUUUGUUAGAAGAGAAACAUCUUUCUGUAUGGAAGUAUAAAUUGUAUGGUUUCAGAUAUAUAAGAAUUGAUCAAAGCAAGUGAAAUCUUUGUACUUUUUAGAUUAUUGCUCUAUUUAUAUUUUGUUCCAAAUCUAACAAAAUUAGGGACAGCAAGCAGCUUGCUGAGGUAGAGAGUUAAAAUGAACAAUACUCCUGUGAAGCAGGAGAUUUCAGCCAUAGAACAAAAAUUUGUUGUUGCUACCUGAAAGGUUUACAAGUAUUUAUUAUGUUUCUGGUACAUUGCUUGAAAAGUGAAAUUUGUUAACAUUUCUUUUUAAUAGCCAUGUUAAGAACUUAGUUGUACAGAGUGAAGUUGUAUGUUAAACGUAUUUGAGAUCAUAGUUGACACAGAAAUUGAUGUUUCAACUCAACUCAAUUUGAUGAGAUGUAAAAUUUGAUUAACAAUGAGAACUGGUUCAGGAUGAAAAAUGACUAGUUAGAAAAUGAUGAAGUCCUUUAAGUACUUGUUGCAUUUUCAGGUGUGAUACAGCCAAUUUCAAGAGCUUUUGCAGAUAGUUUUGUUUGUUACUUCUUCUUGUCUUAUUAGUAAGCAUUUGUAACCUGGUUUUGAAGGUGCUGGUUGGAAAAACACAUGGGUGUUUCAUAUUGAACCUAGGAUCAAAUCAUUACCUAACUAUUUAACAAGCCAUUUGGAUCUGAGAUUCAGCUUGCAAGUUUUAUAAAAUAGAAGUUGCUAGUUAGUUUGAACAUUGGGGAAAUGAAGAAUCUUCACUUAUAAACUGAUAAAAAUGAAUUUGUUACUAGGGACUAAUAGUAGCUAUCCAGAUGAUUAAAACAAACUGUUCAAUGUUCAAGGAAUUCCCUUUUUUCAUUGGUGCUGAGAGAGCAUUUAGAUAGAAGACAGUUGCACCUGAAGGUGACACAUAAAUCACCCUAAAUCAGUGCUUCUCAGCCUUGGUUGUGCUUUGGAAUCACUUCAGAAUGUAUUUUUUGAAAUAUUUAUGCUUGGAUCCCAUCCCAUACCCUAAAUGUCUGAUGUUGGUCUGGGAUGUGACCUGGCCAUAAGGGUUUUUAAAAACUUUCUGGUGAUGUCAGUAUGAAAUGGAGAACAAUUGAUCUAAAAUUCACAUAGCGUUUUCUCAUCUGCAAAACAGAAAAUUCUUGCUCCCUCCCUUCACUACUUCCCAAGGAUAUUGAAGGACAAAAAGUGCUAUUGGGAGGCAAAGUAGUAUUUGUAUUUCAGCCACAACAAUGAUCAGAAAAAAAUGUGUAAUCCAAGUUUUGGUGUUGCCUUGGGAGAUGGGGAGCAUUCCUUUGGUUCUUUAAUGAAACAUGCAGAUGUGGAAGCAGACAUUACUAUUCCUCUGAAUCAUACUGUGGUCUUCUGUUAUACUUGAGAUCAGCUGUUUUAAUUAUCUGGUUUGAUGUAGGAAAGAAGAAAUAUUAAGGGGGAAAGUAUGUAAUGUUCAUUGCUCAUAAUUCAUUAAAAUUUUUUUAUACAA